AUGGAUGUGGACGAAGAGGAACCUGAGCAAGUCGGGCCUGUAGAUGAAACAAACAACAGUAUAGCAACAGGCACCGCCAGUGAGGUGCCUCUCGCUGAGCCGGCUGCGUUGACAAGGGCACCCGAAGGGCAAGCCCCCCAAGCUGUAUGGGUCGGGAACACGUCGCCAAUGCCGUUAAACUACGGCAGGCUGAACGCGAAGAUACAGUUCUUACACUGUGUCAUGCGUCAGAUCAACGGACCAUGGUGUCACUGGGCAGUAGAUGUAUACAAGGCAGUAGCGACGAAAUACAGGAGGAUGCCAAGAGGAGGAUGGAAGGUCCUCGCGGAAUUUGCGAACGAGAAAUUCGAGUUCCACAAGACCACCGCGGAGGUGGAGCAGAUGGCGAAACAAAUGGUCUUCAAAAUAGCUAAGAACAGGCCAAGGGAGGCCGGGGAAAUAGUUCCCCUCCACGACGCGGACACAUUUGUUGCCGUCUCGCAGGAAUUUAACAAGAUCUUGGCAAGAAGGUUGAGGGAGCCGGGUGUCAUAAGAAAUGAACAAGAAGCACACCCUCUGCUCCCUUGA